AUCAUUUUUCUCUCUCCUUCCUUCUCUGUGAUCACUUCUUCUUUCUUCGAUGAAGAAGAUGAAAAAGGUUGUUUCUUUGGAGGCUUCUCCUUACGCUGUGUAUGAGGAUGCCCGGACCAGGCUUAAGCACCAAAGCCUUAUGCAAGACUAUGAAGAGCUGGACAAGGAAACCGAUGCCAUGAAGAACAGAUUAAAGGUUAUGGAACAGAAGAAGCUAACCCUUUUGGCCGAAGUCAGAUUUUUGAAGCGAAGAUACAAAUACUUGACAGAGAAGCAGCCAAUGAACCAACAAAUGAAACGAGGCCAUUCCCAAGAAAAGUCACAAAAUUAUGAAAACCGAAGUACUAGCAUUGCGAAGAAGAAAACUCAGAGCAAAAAGGAAUCUGCUUUUCGAUACCCCGCAAUUCCAUUAGACUUGAACCAAAAGGAAAGGACUUACAAUGGAAUGGAAGCCCCAUUGCAAAAGCCUCCCCCAUUUUUGGACUUGAACCAGAAGGUGAGGACCCUCAAUGGAAAGGAAGUUGUUCCAUUGCAGAAUUCCAGACCGAUGUUCGACUUGAAUCAGCAGGAAAGGAUUCACAGUGGAAAAGAAGCUGCUAAGAGGAAAAACGCCCCAUAUUUUGACUUGAACCAAAUUUCGGGAGAAGAGGAAGAAUUCCAAGCCAAUAAGAGUGAGCCAUUGAAAGGUUUGCUUAGAAAUGCGAAUACCGAAGAGCAGCACAAUGAUAUGAAGUUACUAGUUUGUAGGAACAUUGGCAAUGGAUCGAAUCGGGCAGGGAAAAGAAAGAUCACUUGGCAAGAUCAGGUGGCUCUAAGGGUUUGAUUUUUCUAUCGAAAACAAGCUUAUCAUAUGAAUUUUGGUGGGGUUGGAAAGUUUGCCUUGCCUUAUAACGCUACGUUUUUUGUUCACUAUCAUUCUUACCUUUUGUUCUUCACUCUUUUAAGACUUCCUCAUCUUCUUCCUUCCUCUUUUGUAAAGUUGAAAGAUAGUUUAUAUAUAGUGAAUGACUGUAUAGAUGAAGUGGUGGAAUUGAUGCUAAGGAAUUAUUGUGUU